AUGACCCUCAUUGUAAUAAUAUAUAAGAGUGCCAUCCAACCAUCAAUCCAGAAUACCCGUCUCACUCUGGGCCACAACCAGGUCAGACGUCUCACUCUAGGCCACAACCAGGUCAUGUGUCUCACUCUGGGCCACAACCAGGUCACGCUUCUCACUCUAGGCCACAACCAGGUCAUGCGUCUCACUCUGGGCCACAACCAGGUGAGGAACGGCCACAUAAAGCGGAUAACGGAUAAUGAUAUUCAGUCGCUGGUGCUGGAAGUAGAAGGGACUAAUGUGAGCACCACAUACAUCACGUGCCCAGCUGAUCCGAAGAAGACUUUAGGCAUUAAACUGCCAUUCCUGGUCAUGAUUAUCAAGAAUCUAAAGAAAUAUUUUACUUUUGAAGUUCAGGUGCUGGAUGAUAAGAAUGUUCGACGACGUUUUAGAGCUAGUAACUACCAGAGUACGACGCGUGUGAAGCCGUUUAUCUGUACGAUGCCUAUGCGGUUGGAUGAUGGCUGGAACCAAAUACAGUUCAACUUGUCAGAUUUCACUCGCAGAGCAUACGGAACAAACUACAUAGAGACGCUGCGCGUGCAGAUCCAUGCAAACUGUCGUAUCCGGAGAGUUUACUUUUCAGACCGCCUGUAUUCUGAGGAUGAGCUUCCGGCUGAGUUUAAGCUGUACCUCCCUGUGCAGAAUAAAGCAAAGCAAUGAGAAGACGACUCUCUAUAGCACGUUGACCUCCCCACCUCCUUUAUAACCUUCUAAAAUAGUAUUUUAUAUAUAAGAAAAGGCUCCUCCAACCGUUUUAUAAAUUAUGGAUUUUUUCUUUUUCAAACUCAGAUCCAUUUAUGUUUUGUAAUAAAUCCUCCUGCUCCUGUA